UCCAAACAAACGUUGUGCUGUAUGUUGGGGAUCUUAUCUGUAAGAAACCUUACUGUCAAACGCUCAAAAAGCAGAAAAGCCUCGGGGGUACAUAACAAAAGGGAGCAUUAUUGCAGAGAGAAGUAGUCAGUGGUUGCACCUCAGCUACUAGUUAUACCUGCUUAUCUGCUAGCUGCAUCACAUAUUUUUGAAAAGUUUGAUAUGGAGGAAAAAACACAGAAAGGGGAUGACAGCAGACCAAAAGCUCAAAAUGGAUUUCAAACUAUAGUUGUGCGUGAGUUUGAGCCUGCGGAUAAACUGCAGGUACAGCGGAUCUUUUCUGAAGGGCUGAUGGAGAUGAUACCAGAUACUGCCUUCAGAGGCUUGAGACAUCACCCCGAGAGUCUGCUGCUCUAUUCUGCUAUGACAGCUGUAUGUUUUGUCAUCACCAUGUGUUGGUGGGUGAUAGGACUCCUCCCUGCCAUGGUGCUGUGUGGGCGCUACUUCUAUAGCAGACGUGUGAUCCAUGGUUACCUAGAGCAAGCCAUGAGCAGAGACAUGGGUGACAUUGAAGAGUUUUACAUGAAAUCCCCAGACUCCCGUCUGUGGGUAGCAGUGCUGGAAGGCAAAGUGGUGGGUGUUGUAGCAGCAGUCAGUCAGCAGAAGCCAAGAGGUUCUGUCGAGCUACAGCGGAUGUCAGUUGACCGCAGUUGUCGGCGGUGCGGAGUUGGCGUGGCGCUGGGACGUAAAGUUCUGGAGUUUGCUGUCACUCACAGAUACUCCACUGUCAUCCUGGGAACUACAGCAUAUGCGCCCGCUGCUCACCAGCUCUACCAGCGUCUGGGCUUCCGCUGUGUGGGGGUCACAAAUGGGUACGUCACACCUGGUGCAAGAUGGUCCUUACUGGAACGAGUUUUCUACAGGGUCUGCCAUCAUCACUACAGCCUGGAUGUGCAAAAUAUCACUUCAAAUUGACAACACUGACCUUAUAGUGGGAGUGCAGACAGCUGAACUGAAAUGAAUCUUUGAGACUGUCCUCACCAGAAUCAUCUGUCAUUUGUUUAUGUACUUAAAAUGACAUGCUUACAUUUUCCAUUCAAGCAACUUUUUGUUACCAUGCAAAUGAUGACCAUCCUCUCUCAGUAGCAUGAUGUCAUAGCACUACUAAACCUGUUAGAAGGGAGGUGAAGGUGGCUGACUUUGAAGACCGGGAUUCACCUCCAUUUCCUGCCUAACAGUCUUUCUUUUUCAAUAUUUUUUUUAUUCCACUGAGUAUUGUCAACGCAAUCACAAGACAUUAAUGGCACAGACAGUUUCUUGGUGAAAAAAUGCAGCAUUCUUCAAUAAAACAAUAAUACAAUAUGAAGGAAGAAUCUGAUGGCAGGUGGGACCAAAACAAGCACAUGAAGAAGGAGAGGUAGGGAAAGGAGGGAAGAACAACAACAAAAAACAACAGAUUAUCCCAAAGAAUGAAUGAAUUCUUCAAUACUCCAUGACAUCUUAAUUGAACACACAAGUAAAGAAGUACACAGUACAAAUAAAUGAAAUGAAAAUGAAUUCCUUCAUCUUACCAAGAUAUCAAUAAUUUACUGUCAGUGUUUUACACUCAGGCGUUUUACAAUAAAUGAAAUGGAAACAACAGAGGUGAUGUUUAAGUCAAAAACAGUUUCUUUUAACUGUGACUAUCAUCUUUCCCCACCCAUAACCAAGCAUUUUAGCUACCUAAACUUAAUAAUAUUUAAAUUGUAGAGGUGAUAGAUCAGAAAAGGCUCAAAUUAAUGCUUUUAUGGGUUGUUUUGAAAGGACAUUGACAAAUUAUGUUUCCCUGCUGAUACUUGUUCUACAUGACAAUGUGCUUCAUAAAGGUCACUUUGCAAUGACAACAAUAUUUUGUUGUUUAAGGCUGAUGACUUGUUGGAAUUUUUCAUUUGAUAUUCUAUGUGCGGACAGAAUGUGUGACUUUUUAAAGAGACAAUACACUUAAUUUCAAUGUCUUUUGAAUUGUACAGUCCCAGCUAUUAUCCAGCUGACUAUAGGUCAGUACUGACUAUCCCGUUUGAAAUGCCUUGAUAUAAACUUAAUAUGAACAUGUAAUAUACAAAUAUAUAUAUGGUAUUGUCUGUGGUUGUACUAGCAGGUAUUUAAGUAGUGAAUCAUUUAAAAAUGGAUCAAUCUCAUUUGCAUGGCUUAGCCUUGUGGGCCUUUAUAUUUUUAGCCUUUUCUCUGGAGUCUGUCAGUGUAACAUUCAAAUGAACCAAAGAUUUUUUAAAAAAAAAUCUUUGGGCGAACAACAAUGCAGCUUUCUGCACACACCUUGGAGCGGUCAUUUCUGUGCGUUCAUGAUUCUCUGGCUCUUUUUGAGAUCUUAACUGAUCGUGACAACCCAGCUGCUCAGACAAGAUAAUAGAAGGGUGCUGCAGUUGAUCCCCGCUCUGUCAGCACUCCUCACUUCCUCUUAUUUUCUUUUCAGUUGACUUACUAAAUGGUAAGACAUGUUGGCUCAGUGCUGUUGGAAGCUGCCAUCAAAGAUUUUUGUCAAAUAUUGUUAGGUUGA